AUGAGUGAUUUAACAAAAGUUGAAGAGAAAGAAAUUAAAAAAAUAAGUAUUGAUGCAACAAGUUAUGAAGAAGCAUUAGUUAAAUUUUUAGAUUCAUGGUUAUGUAUUUUUUCAUCUGAGUUAUUUAUUGGUAAAUCAUUUAAAUGUGAAGUAUUUGAUGAUAAUGAUGAAGAGAAUAUCCAUAUUGAAUGUAAAGGAAUUGGAGAAUAUUUUGUUAUUGGAAAACAUCAACAAGGAACAGAAAUUAAAGCUAUUACUUGGCAUAAUUUAGAGAUAUAUGAUGAUGAAAAAGAUCAAACACAUAUUCACAUAUUGCUUGAUAUAUAA